AUGUUGUCCCGAAUUGCUUGUCAGAAAAGUGCCGUAUCUCACCUCCGGCUGUUAAAUGGCCGUCACCUGUCGCCGUGGUUGGCGACCCUCCGGCUUCAUUCGAAUUCGACUCGGCCAGUUUCCCUAACAAAUGCGUCCACUACGAUACCUCAGGAGCGUUCUCGUCCUCCGUCCUUUCAAUCGAAUCGGAAUCUUGCCACCGCCACAGAUCAGUCUGUAAUUGACCAUGGGUCGUACUCCUUCGAUAAAUCCCCUUAUGCCACUGAAGCACAAUAUGACAAGAUGGCUUCACUAUUUCCUGCCAUCGCUAGGGACUUCGAUCCUUCGUCUCUAAUUAUCGUGGAGGACCUCUUGCAGACGAAGCCGAAGGUGCUCAGGCGCGUAAAAGGCAUCGGCGGUGAUGAAGACGAGCUGCUGGCGAAUUUGAAUAUCUCCUUAAAGGUUGGCAGACUUGAUCGUGCUGCUGCCAUUGUUUCCCGACUUGGAGAGCAUUACCCCGUCGGUUCACCUGAGUAUCUAGCUAUCCACAACCGCUAUUUGGAAGAGAUGGUGUCGCAUAUGGUCGUGACGAGGCAACACAAUAUGGUCUUACCAUUGCAGAGAUGGUUUGAGGUUGAUAUGCCUAGCGGAGGUGUCCAGCCGAACGCAACCACGUAUGCGGUUAUGAUACGGAUGGCCUUGCGUAUGUUGCACGGCGCAAAACGGGAUAGAACAGUGCGAAGAUAUUGGGAUCUGGCGAAGAAGAUAGGCGUCGAGGAAGAGGUUUUAGCUGUUCCAGUUCUCUCAGAAUUGGAACUUGGCGAGCUUUCAGAGAUAUGCUCCUCCGAUCUCCAACAAGUUGCGAUUGGUAGUAUAACGUCCGAUGCAGGGCAUAGCGAUCUUAGGACCCCUGUAUUGGACACGUCAGCAGAAGUGCGACCAGUUGAACAGAGAGGCAUAGGCCUUAGCUCUCUAAAGGAAUCUCUUUCGUUGUUCUCAGACCCCUCCAAAGUUCCUGUCCCAGAGAAUAACGGGUAUACUGCGGAGGAGAACAAGGAAUUGCAUGACCAGCUAAGGCAACGGCAAAUCGAAUCUGAUUCCAUACGAGUGUCACUCGAACGCUGGAGACAUGAGUUCAGCGAGAUGCAAAAAGCAGGAGUGGAUGUCACUGGUGGCGGGAAACGAUUGGGUUCCAUAAUAAAUCAAUGGCAUUCCGGGCUAGUCUCCAAAAUUAAAGAGGAGCUGAAGCUUGUCGACGAAGCGGAAAAAAACCCUGUCCGAACAAUAGAUCAAAAAGAACGCUGCGACUACGGGAUUUAUUUGCGGAGCCUUGAUCCGGAGAGAUUGGCGGCGCUUACCAUCCUUAGUGUUGUAUCUACUUUCAGCCGUGGAGGAAUGGAAAAAGGCCUCAAGGUGUCUGCGGUUGUCACUACGAUUGGAAAGGAGCUCCAAGAUGAGCUGAUAGCCGAGGCUACACUUCGCAAAGAACCCGAAGCAGACGCUCGGCGCGUGAAGAUUUUGAAGGAAAUAUUCUCUAAUCGGAAAAGGAAAGAUGGUCGGGCACAAUGGCAUGGUGUUGUGCAUAGUUUACAGCAAGCAGAUCCCACCUGUGGCAAUGAGAACCCAGACACCAGAAAACAGGAGAUAUCUAUGCAGCCGGCUUUCCAGCAUUCCUACCAAAUUACCUGGGGUAGGCGCCUUGGAUACAUUCACGUAAACCCGGCGAUUGUGAAAAUUAUUGCGAAGGAGCCUCCUGCUGAUCUUUUGGGCCGACAUCUUCCGAUGCUUUGCAAGCCCAAGCCAUGGAGGAACUAUGACGAUGGAGGCUACUUUUUAUACCAAAACACGAUAGUUCGUACAACACCUGGCGAAAGUCUGCAACCAUCCUACCUGAAAGCUGCGCUGGAAGACAAUGGACUUGAACAGGUGCGUGCCGGUUUGGACAUCCUUGGAAACACUGGAUGGAAGGUCAAUGGCGAGGUAUUUGACGUUAUGCUCGAGGCAUGGAACUCUGGGGAAGCGAUUGGUAAUCUUUCUCCUCUGAACCCUGACUUGCCUCACCCGCCAAGGCCGGACCCAGAAGAAGGACACGAGGCUGUCCGGAAAUGGGAAACUGCUAUGCGCGAUAUCGAGAACCGACGCUCUGGGAUGCAUUCGAACCGUUGUUUUCAAAAUUUCCAACUUGAGGUUGCUCGAGCCUACCGAAACGAGACAUUCUACCUCCCCCAUAACAUGGACUUCCGGGGCCGUGCUUACCCACUCCCUCCCUAUCUUAACCAGAUGGGUGCGGACAGUGCUAGAGGCCUUCUACUUUUCAGUGAGGCGAAGUCACUGGGUGCCAAUGGUCUGAGGUGGCUGAAGAUUCAAAUUGCUAAUUUGGCGGGUUUCGACAAGGCCAGUCUUUCCGAACGUGAACAAUAUACUAUGGAACACUUGGACGACGUGAUCGACUCCGCCAACAAGGGCUUACAUGGCAAGCGCUGGUGGCUUGAAGCGGAGGACCCAUGGCAAUGUUUGGCGGCCUGUCUUGAACUGAGAAACGCUCUUCAGCUCGCAGAUCCCACUCAGUAUCAGUCGCGCCUGCCAAUUCAUCAGGAUGGUUCUUGCAACGGCUUACAGCACUACGCAGCGCUUGGUGGCGAUAAAAUUGGCGCUCAGCAGGUCAACCUGGAGCCCUCUGACCGCCCCUCUGAUGUGUACACUGGCGUUGCUGAAUUCGUCAAGGAAGCCGUUGCGCGUGAAGCUGCCAGGGGCGAUCCUUUGGCAAAGAUGCUUAAUGGGAGAAUUACGCGGAAGAUCGUUAAGCAGACUGUUAUGACGAAUGUUUACGGCGUGACGUUUAUGGGAGCGAUGAAACAAGUGCGCAAACAGCUUGUCGACCAUUAUCCCGACCUCUCCAAUGAAGAGAAGAAGCAAGGAUCUCUGUACAUUGCCCGAAAAAUUUUCGAGGCCCUUGGCACUAUGUUCAAUGGCGCUCACGAGAUCCAGUAUUGGCUAGGAGAUUGUGCAAGUCGCAUCACGCAGUCUCUGUCUCCGGAUCAAAUCGAGGAAAUCGCGAAGGAAGCUUUGAUGCCCGUGGAGAAGCCAACCCUUCCUGGACCGAAGCCUUCUGUACCGAAAAAGACCCAGAAUGACCCUUCUAAGAAGUUUAGGACUACUGUUAUCUGGACAACACCCUUGGGGUUGCCCGUUGUCCAGCCAUAUCGUGUCCGAAAGGCUCGCCGUAUUAACACCACCCUCCAGGACCUGAGUAUCGUCGAUAUGCACUCUGGGGUGACGGUCUCCAAACGCAAGCAGUUGCAGGCGUUCCCUCCUAACUUCAUCCAUUCCCUUGAUGCAACCCACAUGAUCAUGUCCGCUACCGCAUGCCAUCGAUCCGGAUUAACCUUUUCCGCUGUCCACGAUUCCUUCUGGACCCACGCUUCGGAUGUCGACAACAUGAAUCAGAUCCUCCGGGAGGCAUUUGUUCGCAUGCACUCGGACGACGUAGUUAAGCGACUUGCUGCGGAAUUCGAAGUCCGCUACGGCCAGAACCUGUUCCUUGCCAAGAUCGAUAUGACCAGCCGCAUUGGAAAAGCGGUUCGGACUUUCCGGAGAAGCAAAAACCAAAAGAAUGCCAAGCUGCAGGAACUGCUUGACGAGUACAAGCGGCAGACGCUUCUCAAAUCCGACGAUCCCGAGCUGCAAGCCCAAGGACGCGCGAUGGCCACGGCGGCCAGUGUGUUUGAGGAGGCCGGGGGCACUGACAAAGACUUAAACAUUUCCGCUUCGCUCGGCGAAACGGUCGUUGGACAUGUGCCGGAGGACCUGGAAGCUGCCGAGCGAAAUAUCUGGGGAUCGGGCACGGACUCGACGGAUCCCGCGGUCGAGAGCUUGGUGACUGACUUCGAUAAUGUCCUUGAGCCGAAGGCCGUGAGUGUCGAAGAGGGUGGCGAAGCUGAAGCCCGGGACGAGGGGGUGGAAGAAGAGCUAAAAAAGACGCGGAAAAAGAAGGUCACUACGUUGUGGCUUUGGCUUCCUCUGCGGAUCCGUGAGGUCCCGCAGCGUGGAACGUGGGAUCUGACGCGGAUCCGUGACAGCAAGUAUUUCUUUUCAUAA